AUCAACAAAAAUUCUUAACCUUCAAUAUGUUAUCUUGUUGAACGUCCUCAAGCUUGUUAAUAUAUCUAUAUCUCAGUAGCUUGAAUAAUAAACGUAGACGAUGUGGAGAAAGACAUGUUGCAUUCAAGGUUAACUAGAGUGACAAAAACGGUAAGCCAUAUAAUGUUGUAAACUAUGAAGAAUAGGAAGUUUACAAAUACAGAAGUAGAAAAGGGAUUCACAAAAUGGCAGAUUCUGUAUCACUUCACAUAACUGACGAGGAGAAGGAAAAAGCCAAUAGCGAAUUAGAAACUGCUCGUCAACUGUUUCCCGAUGUAAACAUCAGUGUGGUAGGGUCUGAAAUUAACUUAACGGGCGAUGUUUACGAUCGCAUUUUCAAAUGUAAGAAGUGGUUUGAAGUUAAAAUAGGACAACAAAAACGACGUAGACGUAGUGUGCAAACAGCAGAUAGGUAUGAUGAAACACGUAGUGAGCAAACAGCAGAUAGGUAUGAUGAAACACGUAGGUUGCAAACUGCAGAUAGGUAUGAUGAAGAAGAUCCUUACUUUACAUUACGGCGACAUGAAUACUCCAAGUAUGUCACUUAUGAGAAAAUAAGCGUUGUUGUAGUUGAGGCGGAUUUAUUAGAUUUUGAUGGGAAAAUCGAUUGCUUUGUAGAUACAACAAACAACAAACUAGAACAUCAUAGCCAAGUAUCUAAGCUCCUCAAACAGGCAGGCGGUGAGCCAUAUGAAACUGCUUGUGAGCAAGUUAGACUGGAAGCAUCUAAUUUAAAAACAACACAAUGUGUAGCGACGAUGGCUGGCAAUAUGAGAACAAAACAUAUCAUCCAUGCAUUGUGUCCUGUUCAAGCAGAUUAUGGUUUAAUAUAUUCAAAGAAAGAAAUGGAGAAUGACAUAUUUUCAACUGUAUUCAACUGCUUAAAAAUGGCAGAGGAUCUGCAAUGCCAAACUAUUGCCUUCUCCUUUCUGUGUACAGGACAUGGACAGCUCGACAUAAAGGUUUGCAGCCAGCAAUAUGCAUAUGCAGUUUUGGAAUUUAGCCGCCUAAGGAAAAAUCUAUUUGUUGUCGACGCCAUUUACUUUAUUGAUAAAGACCAAACAAAGGUAGACAAUGUGAAGGAAGUGUUUAGGCAGAUUCUUCCAGAAAAGGAACUACAAUUAUUAGAAGUACCUAGACAAGAUUACAGCAACUACUCCAUGUCACGUGAUCAACCGUCAGGCGAUGGGGUAUCUGAAAUUCUCGAACAGAGCUUGCAUGUAGAAGACUUUUAUACAGAAAUCAGCGAUGCAGUUGAUGGACAAAGAACGCUGCAACGAAGAAAACAUGAAGAUCAUGAAGACAACAUUGAAACUGAACACACAAACACAGUACUGGAAGAAGAAAAUAAUGGCGAAGGGAUUCCGGAAGAUGCUGUGGACGAAAAUGGCGGAUACGAAAUUCCUGUAACAAACAGAGACCCAGAUACACAUGCAGGGGACGCCAACGCAGAAAGAAUCCAGCACGAACAUGUGUACGAAAAAUUAAACAGUCGUGAGAAAAUGCCAGAAUUUCGUAGAAGAGUAGGAGAAAGUGAUCUGGUUAUUGAGAAGUGUGAUAUAAGAAACUCGACGACGGUAGCAAUAGUGUGUCCAGAAACCGAUGGAGCAGAACGUGGUGGUUUGCUUGCCGCCUCUAUUAAAUGUACUUUCAGACAAUCAUUUGACCCAAAGAAAUUGAGUAAAUUACAGAAGAAUGCCAUAGCAACCACAGAAUAUACGACGGAGACUGGAGAUACACAGUAUAUUUUGCAUGUAAGGACUCCAGCAUGGAAGGCAGGUACAAAUGAAAAAGAGUUUGAGAACAGGUUGAAAGCGGCGAUGGAAAUGAUUUUCAGUAAAUUGAAACGACACAAGAAGAGAAAUAUUCGAAGCAUUGCUAUUCCGUUAUUAGGAAUUGAUUCUGUCGAGAAUGACGACAUUGUUGGAAAAUGUUGUAAAUGGCAGAUUGAGAAGAUCGUGGAAAUCUUACAACGCAAAGAGGAAAUAGCACAUUUACAAGAAGUGCAACUCAUCAAUAGAUGCGAGACAAUCAGAAACACAUUAAUCACUGAAAUAAAAACAUUUCUUCCAAGGGAACUUUCAGCAUCAACACUGAGUAGAUGAAAUGUUCAUUAUUCAGCUUAUGGAUCCGUGUCUAAU